UUUCUUAAAUAGGGUCAUCGUUCAAAUUCUUUGCAGCUAUGUCACUCUUCCUCUUUAUGCCCUUGUUACACAGAUGGGUUCGAACAUGAAACCCACCAUAUUCAAUGAAAGAGUAGCGACAGCUCUUAGAAAUUGGCACCACACAGCUAGGAAACACGUUAGAAACAAGGGUUCGGUUACAGCGACCCCAUUCUCUAGCAUACCCAACACCCCAUCGCACCACACGUCCCCAAUUCACCUCUUGAAACACUACCGGGGCGAAAUGGACAGCGUCCAUACAUCUCCAAGGAGGUCGAGUUUUGAUAUCGAGUCAUCAGAAACGGAUUCUCCAUACACCUCCCACCACCCUUAUUACGAUGAUGGUUCAACGUCUCACAACCCUAACAUGGCGGAGCCAGUACAAGGAGGCACUGAUAGAGAUAUAACUGAGGCGAGUUCAAGUGAAGAACAUGAACCUGAACACCAUGCCAUCAACAUUUUGCCCAAAGAAUUCUCUUUUGAUAGAAGAACCAAUAUAUGACAAUAUCUACAUUUUGAAUCUUCAUGUGUAGCAUUUAAUUUUAUUUCAAUUUUUUCAAGACUUUUUAACAAAAUCUUCUUUUGUAUAAUUUGUUUUCUUGUGUAUGAAGAGGCUUAGAGAUUUAAAUAA